AUGAUGAGCCUGAGCUGCGUCCCUCUCCUCUUCCUGCUGCUCUCCACGGGGGAUUCUGCAGUUAUCACUGGGGCUUGUGACAGAGAUCUACAGUGUGGUGGAGGCAUGUGUUGUGCUGUUAGCCUCUGGAUUCGGAGCCUGCGGAUGUGCACACCAAUGGGAACCUUGGGAGAAGACUGUCAUCCUUUGAGUCAUAAAAUUCCAUUUUGGGGGAAGAGAAUUCAUCACAGCUGUCCAUGCCUACCUAAUUUGUCUUGUGUCUGGGUUUCUCCUAGCAAAUACAAAUGUUUACCGGAAUUCAAAAACGAAGAUAUCUUUUUCUAGC